UUGCUGCAAGAAGUAAACAAACUGGUCUGUGUGUCAAUGCAGGCUGGAGCUUCACAUAAUCCUCUGCUGCAACUCCUUCCAACUUUAUCUCUUUUCAUUUUAUUUUUAUUUUUUAUAAUUCCUUCUUCCUUCUUUCCUGAACCACAGACCAUUUCACGCCCGCCGUCACCUUCUCGCCUUCCCUUUUUCUUGUUUUUCUUUUCAUUUGAGAUCUUAUUAGCUGCUUGGCUAGGGCCCUGUCUGCUUUGCAAAACUUCUUGAAGACAAUUUAUCAAAACCUUAUUCCCAGAUCCUUCGAAUUCUGCAAGACGGCAGAAUUUUUUUUCCAACCCUUUACGUCACCCACUUUGAACAUUUUGUUUCUUUCACGCGUUUUAAAGACAAAAAACAAUUUUUUUUAAAAAUUUUUUUGAGGGUUGCAUUAAAAAAAUAAUAUAUCGUGCGAUGGAUUGCGUGAUGUUAAAUAUUCAAGCGCUUUUAGAUGCCGCAGAGUAUUUGGAAAGAAGAGAGAGAGAAUGUGAGCACGGGUAUGCUUCCACGUACCCCUCACCAGACGACUCGGAUCUUCUUAGAUUAAAGUCCAGGAGGCUGAAAUCGAAGAGGUGUAGUAACAACUUAGGAAGCAGCACAAACAGGUCAACACACAAUGAAUUAGAAAAAAAUAGGAGGGCUCAUUUACGUCUGUGUUUAGAACGGCUAAAGUCACUCAUUCCUCUAGAAUCAGACAGCUCUAGGCACACAACGCUGGGGCUGUUAAAUAAAGCCAAAGUACACAUUAAGAAACUUGAAGAAACAUCGCGGAAGGGCCAGCACCAACUGGAUACAUUGGAGCGGGAACAACGCUACCUGAAGAGGAGGCUGGAGCAACUGCUGAGUGGUCAGGAACCAGAGCGGGUACGCACAGACAGCGUCGGCUCCGCCAUGUCAUCUGAAAGAUCCGACUCUGAGAGAGAAGAGAUUGAAGUGGACAUUGAGAGCACAGAAUUCUCUCCCCUGGAAGUGGACAGUUCCAGUAGCACCAGCAUCAGUGACCUGGAUGACCACAAUAGCAUGCAGAGUGCAGCCAGUGAUGAGGGUUACUCCAGUGCUUCCAUUAAUCUGGCGUUCCACUCGUAGAACCCAUUCCGGAUGGCCAACUCACACGACGAACCACGGGCGUGGAUUAUACUUUCUGCUGGCAGUUAUUAGUGGUCCACUCUUGGUUUCGAUCUCAUCCUCCAGCCAUGAGUUGCACAAGCGUUGGGAACUUUUAUCCACAUGCUGGACCCAAAUCUUCCAGCCAGCAUACAAUCGUACAAUUACUUGAAGAUCACCCAACUUUUGUAAUACUGGAGAUUACCAGGGUCUAACUUGAGCACAACUCGAUCCAGCUCUGUGGUUGUAUUUUUUUAGGCUCAGAACUUGAUGACAUAUUUUUUGCCUUAAUUUGGCACCUAGAAGACUUUUCUAAAAAGGAGAUACCUUACAGAUUGUUGAUGCUGGCCUGUCUUCUGGUUUCAACGCCAAAGUAUUUUGGAGAAGUAUUGUAGGUUUAUGAAGCCAGCCUUAUCCAGGACCCACACAUACUGGUCUUCAAAUGUUCUAGGGCUUUCAAAUACCAGCAGUCUUCUCUGACCACCAUUUGUUUGGGAGUUCACAAGCACCAUGGAUCUGGAAGGUGGCCCCAUCAGCAGGCUCUCUAGUUGAGCGUCUGUACUUUUAUUUUAUUUCAUCUCUUUUGGACUUCCCCUGUUUACAGAGAGUUUUACUGGGUAAAUAUCCACUAAUGGGGACACUUAUGAGAUGAACAGUGACCAAUUACAAGAAUGUUAUAAUUUAAAGAAGACCACCAUUAAGCAAUAUUUGUAUCGAAAAUAUAAAAUAGUUUGUAUGUAAGCUGGUCAGAUGACCCAUUAUAAUUUUAGGAAAACUACAAUCCUUUCUUAAAAGCCAAUUUUUUAUUGUUUCCCUAUGGUCCUAACUGCUGAGAUAAUGUGCAGAAAAUGUGAUUUUGUGGCCACCCUUUCCCCUCAGCAAGCCUAAGUUUAGGAUCCAUAACCUCAUGGUGGUUUUAGAUGCUUUGCUCCUGCGUGAGCGGUAGGGGUGUGCAAAACAGAAGAUUGUAGCACUUCUGCUAUUAAGAGCAAGAUUUCUUUAAAGACUAACUUUUGGCAGUAAAAAAUAAAAUCACUAAACUUUUCUCUAGACAAAAAUGUAGCGUGCACUUCUCCCAAGCCCUGGGUCAGGCCACCCACCCCAAGAGCCAAAACUAAACACCUACACGAUUAAGCCCAGCUUUGUAAGUGAAACAAGUCAAAAGAAGAGGUUCCAGGAGGGUACCCUUUGCUUGUUUGACUUGAACAAUAACAUUUGUACUUCCCUGGAGUACAGCCAACUUUUUCUCCCUCCUUGUCUCCCCCCCAAUUAAGGGUCUAGCACUCAUUGUGUCAAGUGGAUGGGUAGGACAACGUAAUAUGGUCGAUUUGCCUUUUAGCCCAUCCCCUAGUCAAAACAAACAAUAUACUAGAUUCUUUAUCAGCUGGAGGGACGGGGCAGUUGAUUUUUUUUUUUCCAGCUGGGAGUUAUUUGAUAUGUGAUAUUUGGUUUAUCAUUUUAACUUCCCUCUAGUUAAAAAAAUAAAUAACAGGGACUCACUGUGGAACUGCAAAUCACAUAUAUUGUAUAUUUGAUUUCCACUAACAACUGAAUCCUCCCCUAACUCCCUUUAUUUUUAUAUUCCAUAUCUGAUUUUUUUUAAUGAAAUUGUUAAAGUUUUUUAAAUGGGAUCUAACAUAAAUGGAUUUGUAAAUUAUAUCCAAUACAAUUGGAAAUGUAUCAAAUAUAUCACAUUAGAACCAUUAUAAGGACACAGUUUCAAGUUUCACACUAUCAAUCUAUAAAAUACUUAAAAUAGAUGUAAACCCAAUCACUAAAACCUCAUAUAAUUGUUAACAUGUUAAUGUAACUUUUAAAUCUGCAGCUUAUAUUUAAAUAAUACCUGGUGCCACUGCCAUGGAGGUCCAUGGUUAGGCACUUCCUUUUAUGGGGUGACAACUGAAAACAGCAUUUUAUGAAGAAAAAAAAACGGGGUUACAUCUACUUUAAAACGUAUACUGUUGUUAGAUUCCACUUGAAAAAUAGUAUAACUAAAAUCUAAAAUAUUGUUAGCAAUAAAGAUAGGGAUAGGUUGAACUUUGCACCUUCCAGCUUUGUGCUUUCUCCAAAACACAGGUAAUCAAUGGCCUUAUUAUUAACCUGAUUUACCUGCUUGAAAGUUUUUCUCAAUUUAAGGAAUAACGUUACCCAAAAAUGGAUACUUCAGUUAUGAAUGGGUAUAGAAGUUGAAUCUUAUAUGGCUUGACAAUAUAUCAUAAUUUCCUGGUCUGCCCAACUGUUGAGAUUUUACAAAGACUAAUGAUGGUGUCACUGAACCCAGAUGGAUUCUCCAUAAUGCAGAAUUAGCAAAUACACAAUAUGGGCAACAGUUUUGGACACUUGACUAUCACACGUAGACAUGCUUGUUGGGCAUCCCAAUGAGUUAAAGUGUGUCUCUGAGAAAUGCUGCUCAUUUAGGCAGAAGAGCAUUUGUGAGGUCAGGUACUGAUGUUGGAUAAGAAGACUUAACUCGCAAUCAGUGUUCCAGUUCAUCCCAAAGGUGUUCAGUAGGGUUGAGGUCAGGGCUCUGUGCAGGCCACUUGAGUUCCUCCACACCAAACUGGUCAAACCAUGUCUUUUUGUUGUUAGCUUCGAGCACUGGGGCACAGUCAUGAAGGAACAAAAGAGGGCCUUCCUGAAACUGCUACCACAAGGUUGGAAGCCGAUAUUUGUCUAAAAUGUCAUUGUAAGCUGCAGAAUUACCAGUACCCAUCCACAUACUUUCAUGCAUAUAGUAGGUAUGAUGAUCAGGUGUUCACAACCAUUUGGCUGUAUUGUGUAACUGUAGAGUUCUGUUGAGGGAAGGUGACACCACUGUUCUGGUUUACUUGGACAGGAUGAAAAAAAAACACAAAAUACAACAUGUAAAUCUCAGUGUGGGAGCCUUGGAAGCAAUAUAAUAAACUAGAGAGUGAAGUGUCCCACUUUUCAUGUAUCUAAUAUAGAUUUCCAUAACGGCCCUGAGGAUGUUACUGAAGCUACUGGUUUUAAUUAUCAGCUAAUAUUUUGUCCUCCUCCUCUGAAAUACUAGAUUAGAAAAUGUUAUGCUGUAGUCUGGAGUUUCUUUUUAAAAGAAUAAACUCAAUGAGUAAACUGAAACUUGGAGUUAGAUACAUUCAAAUGGGACUGCAAGCUAAACAAUUACCCAAUUUUGAUAUGAUCACGAAGUGGAGAUGAUGUGUGUCUUUCCAAACUAUGGACUAAAAAUUAUGCUCCACUCUAAAUGUAUUCUGUAGUCAUGCCAUUGUGUAUUCCUAUAUUCAGCUAAGGCUUGGCUGUCUUCCACCUUGUAGUUACACUCCUGGGGUUUUAACAUUUUAGCCAUCUUGACACAAAACUGACCCCUCUAGAAUUUAUUCUUACGUGUUCGAUUGCAUAUGCACUAAAUGUUAGUUUGCCUUCGCAUCCCAGCUAGUGGUAGAUGAUCAGUCAGUGUGUGGGUGCCUAUGUGUUCCGUCGGUAUGCAGGACUGUCUCUUAGACACAUACUACGUUCAACUUUGUAAGUUGCGCCAAUAUUGCGAUCCAUUCUUUCACCAUCUCACUGUAGUGAGCUGAGGUCUUUGAGGCUGUCAUUGUUGAUGUGCUCUCAUAGAUUACCUCAAUCCAGGCAAUUGCCUGCAACAGUGUUAGUUUUAGAAUGUUUUUUACUCUCAUAGAAGUCAUUUUAGCAUGUUUUCAAUUCAGCGCUUUGCUGAAAAAAGUUGGGGGAAGGGAGGAGCAAUA